AUGCUCUUUAAAGAAAAAUAUAUAAUUAAAAAAUUAAUUGUUGAAGAGUAUAUGCAAAAAGGAACUGUGGAUUUUACAAAUAUGUUUGAGGAAAAGAAGACUCAUGUAGAGAAAAUGGAAGAGGAUAAUGGGAAGAAGCUUAAUCGCGUCAAAUCGGCUGAACAUAUAACUAAGAAGAAUGAACCAGAAAAUAAUAGGAAAAAUAGUGUGUUUUCUGUGUUUACUAAACAUGCAUAUUCGCUUGUUCCAGAUGUAAAAUCACGCUUAUCUAGCGUUUUGCCUUUCCAUUAA